AUGCUCAAUCGUUACGUCCUGGCAGUGAUUUUACUGGAAGUCGCUUCUCUGGUGGCGGCUCAUGAAGUCGACGAAGCCCACGAGGCAGGAAUUGCUGGUGUGGAGAUACCUGAAAGCGCUGCCUCCAACAAUGCCACACGAAGCGACCUUUACAGCAUGUCCAGUUAUGCAGGCCUGUCCGAACAGUCGAGCGUGGUCAUAGCCCACAUUGUUUUGAUGUUUGCUGCCUGGUUCUUCGUCCUGCCGAUAGGCGUUAUGUUCAGCAUUGCGAGAUCUCGUCUCGGAUUUUUUACCCAGUCAAUAUUUAUACCUUUGAACAGCCUAGGCGUAUUACUUGGAAUAAUUUACAACGACAAGACGCCCGAUUUGUAUCAGAACAAUGCGCAUCACACGAUUGGAUGGAUUGCAACAUGGGUCACGACUGUACACGCCGCCCUAAGCUUGGUAUUCUUUUAUGCUGGACAACAUCACAGCAUGAGCUUGAUAGCAGCCGGGAGAGCAGCGUUCUUCCCUCUAACGCGGGACAGACGUCAAGCAUCCCGAGCCCCCCGACCUUGCAGCGGCCGCCAUGGCUCGGCAAUUGCUCUACAACGACUGAGUGAAGACUCCCAAAAGUCAGACUUUGAAGACAUCGACGACGACGACGAAUCUCCAGUGCGUCUGCCUUGUCGACCAAAUCGCCUUGGCAUAAGCUUCCUCAACAGGUUCUUGGGGACUCGACUCUCUGAUGGGGUAUUACCUAGGUUGAUGGGAACAUUGAAGGCUCUUUAUGACAUUGUUGAUCGAACUGUUUUGGUCCUGGGUUUUCUUGCUCUGGUAACGGGAGGGGUUACAUACACUGGCAUCUUCCGUGGCAACCACAUCUUCAACGGCCUUGCUCAUUUCAUGAAAGGAGGUAUUUUCUUUUGGUAUGGACUCCUGACUCUGGGCCGGUGGAUGGGCUGCUUUGCCGAAUAUGGCUGGGCGUGGAACAUGGGAUCCUUAACAAGCUCUGCUCCAUCGGCCGAAUUCGUCGAGUGUUUUUGCAUUUUUCUGUAUGGGUUGAGCAAUAUGUUCCUCGAGCAUCUAGCCGCAUGGGGAGGCGCGUGGACUGCACAAGAUCUAGAGCACGUCUCUAUAUCUAUGAUGUUUUUCGGUGGUGGCUUGUGUGGCCUGUUGGUCGAGUCCAAGAAGAUCCGAAAAUGGCUCGACACGACAAUAAUCGAAUCGGCUCGCAUACACGACAACGCUCCAGGACUCCCCAGACCGUCUAAGGUGUACAACUACUCGACCAACCCGAUGCCGGCACUGAUCAUCCUCUUACUGGGCCUCAUGAUGUCCUCUCACCACCAGAGCUCCGUCGUGUCAACCACAGUUCACAAACAAUGGGGCAUGUUGCUCGUGGGAUUCUCGGUGAUGCGAAUGCUCACCUAUAUCGUCAUGUACAUCUCUCCGCCAGACUCAGUCUACGCAAGUCGGCCUCCGUCCGAAUUAGUGGCUUCGUUCUGCUUGAUAUCGGGUGGCAUUGUCUUCAUGGCAAGUACUAAAGACAUUGUCCACUGGAUGGAAGAGGCGAACCUGAUGGGUAUGUUCAUCUUUACAGUCGCGAUGGGCUUAACAGCCUUUAUUAUGGCGUAUGAGAUUCUCGUGCUUUCGCUCAAAGGCUGGGUGGCGCGACGCGAGCUCAGGAAAUAG